AUGGACACAAAAACAAGCGGACAACAACAACAACACCCAAAAUAUUAUUCCGCCGAACAAGUUGCUAAAGUUCUGACAUGGAAUUUAGUGAAUUCAGCAGUUGAAGAAGCCCUUAGAGCAACGGGUCCCACGGAAGCCAAUCCUCAAGAUGCUGAUGCUUCAUUUGCCAUACAACCGGCACGAACAUUGACCUCUUGUGGUGAUAGAUCCAAAAUAUUGUUUACUAUGCCAGGUUUCGUCGGCAACUACAAAUUGAACGAUAAACGCACCAACACUCUUGCCUGCAAAUUGGUGACUUCGUUCUCCUCCAAUCAAAAAUUAACACCACCCCUUCCGAAUAUUUUGGCAAAUAUAUUGAUAUUCAAUUCGGAAACGGGACAAUUACAAUGUAUUAUGGAUGGCACACAAAUAACCGGAUGGCGUACAGCUUCUGCUUCAUUGGCUGCAACAAAAUAUUUAUAUCUGCACCGUUAUCCCGAGGGUACAAAUAAGGCGAUUCGUGUUGCCAUCAUUGGUUGUGGGGUUCAGGGACAAUCGCAUGCCAUGGGAAUGUGUAAAACCUUCAAUGUUAUCGAUAUUUAUCUAUGGAAUCGUACCAAGUCAAAAGCUGAUCAGCUGGGUGAAAAAUUACGAGCAGAGUUUCCCAAUGCCUUAAGGGUGCAUAUAUGUGAAAAGCCAGAGGAGGCAUGUCGUGAAGCUGAUGUUAUUUGUGUUGGAACCUAUUCACCGACAGCUUUGAUUAAUUACAGCAUGCUGAAGCGGGAUAAUGUUCAUAUUAAUACCGUUGGUGCCGGCCAGGUACAUUUCGGUGAGGUUGCUCAGGAUAUUUACGAUAAUGGUGUGGUGUAUGUCGAUUCAUUGGUCAGUGCCCAAACCGAACUGAAAGGCUUAAAGGCGAACAUUGUUGGAGAAAUUGGUGAUGUAAUACGCAAUAAAGGUCAACGUCAGGAACAAAAUCGUAUUACCAUUUUCCAAUCGAUGGGAAUUGCUGCUGAAGAUGCCACUGUAGCUCAGGCUGUCUACGAGGAAUUAAACAAAUAA